UUGGCAGCGUUAGAGUUAACGUUCACACUCGUGUUCGCGCUCAUUCAUUUAAAAAAAAAAAAAAUAUAAAUUUUACCGACUCUAUCUCAUUCUAAAAAAUUUUUUCUCUAUCCAUGCCUAGUGUGUCUGUUACUUUUUAUCUCUCUUCUCCAAAGUGACGUCACAUAAUUGGAGUAAAUACAAAGUAGUUCUAUGGAACAGUGGCGUGCGCGUUAUCAUUAUUCAUUUUAUUAACAAAACAUAUUUUAUUUAAAAAAAAAAAAAAAAAAAAAAAAAAAAAAUAAUUAAUUAAUUUAAUAAUUUUAAUUAAUAAUUAAUGAGUGAAGUGUAGUGUAAAAACUUUAAUUAAAAAAAAAAAAUUUUUUUUUUUUUUUGAAAAUUAAUUAUUGAUAAUUAAUUACUAAUGAUUGUGAAAAAUAAUUGUGAUUUUUAUUUAUUGCAAUGGAUAAAAUAGAGUUACUGGGGAACGCAUGCUUCAGUCAUGGCCCAUAUACAUUCUACAAAGCUGUUAAAAUAAAUAACAAUCGUGUAUUACGAUUAGGUAAUUUUUUUUUAACAAAAUUAUGGACUGACACGGAUUUAGUCAGUAUUGGAGAGUUACAGCUGUUAUGGAUCGACAGUCGCGGAUCCAAUCAGCCAUUAGCAUCUUUAAGAUUAUAUUUCCUCCCCGAAAACACACCUGACGGCCGACGGGACAUUCACGGCGAGGAUGAAGUAUUAACAAUAUCGGAAAAAGUAGUUGUCCACGUGCACGAUUUAGUAUCAUGGCUAUCACCAAAUUUGGAGUGGACAUGGGGUCGAGAAGUAAUACUACCACCGCCAUCUGCUUCUUUACCUCCGUCGCCGUCGACAUCGUCAUCGACGUUAUCGACGGCAACGUCACCGUCAUCACCAUCACCACCAUUACCGACAUCUAAACCUUCAUUACCGGCCGGCGAUGAAGUUACCGGCAGUGUCGCAGCAGCUGCUUCCAGCACAACGACAGUCGAUACAAUCGAUUUCGGUGUCGAUAAGAAACCCGAGUUGAUACCUCAAGUGCUUACCGAUCCCGGUAUCGAUUUCACUGAUGUCGAAAAACAAGAAUUUUACGACAACUACGAAUGUAAAAAUUUGAAUAAUAACAAUGACGAUGCGUCGUCAUUUUCAUCGAUAUCGACGGGAGUUGGGGUGGGGGGAACAGGGCAAGGAGUAGGAGGAAAAAAUACACGAGUUGUCGUAUUGUCUUAUCCGAGGUAUUGUCGAUAUCGGGCAUUGUUACGACGAUUGGAGGGCUCGGAACCAUCUUGGCUCUGUACUUCAGUUGCUGCGGCCUUAGGGGGAUUUACUGCGUUACCUGGUACACGUGUAUUAUUUUGUCGAGAUACGUUCGAUUAUCCAGAUCUCGAAACCCAUGAACUUUUAUGCAAUCAUUUGGCGCCAAAAUUAAAAGGCAGACCAAGAAGAAAACGUAAAAAACGCAGUGCAUCACCUGGUGAAUCGAGUAAUGAAAGUGAAGCAUCUGUCGCAUCAACAUCUCGUGGAUCAACGACGUCAUCAUCAUUUUCAAUAAAUUGUCCUCCGAAAUCAACAACACCCCCGCAAACAUCAACUCCAAUAACGUCGUCUGUGACCCCAUCGUCAACAUCCUUAACCUCAACGACGGCAACAGCGACAUCUUCGACACUAUCGACCUCUACAACGACCGCAUUAACGUCAUUAACAACUACGUCAUCAUCGUCGACACCAGCGACACUAUUAAUAGCGUCAGUGGUAUCUGGCCGAGGUGAUGGUGUCAGAAGAAGUGAGCGGAAGGUUACGGGGGAUGAAAAAAAAUUUAUAAUCGACGUACAAACUUUUAUGAGUUUACGCGGCACUCCGGUACUGAAAAUGCCGCUUUUAGGUUAUCGGCAGAUCGAUUUGUAUUUGUUUUAUAAACAAGUUCAAAAACUUGGCGGCUAUGAUACGGUGACGUCUGGACGUCUUUGGAAAUCGAUUUAUGAUGAAAUUGGAGGUAACACUGGUUCAACUAGUGCUGCUACAAUAACACGCAGGCAUUAUGAAAGGUUACUACUACCUUACGAACGUCAUCAACGCGGUGAAGAAACAAAAGUCCGACCAGUAAGUCGUCGCAGUAAAUCGAUAUCCGAUUUACCAAUCGAUUUACCAGAAUCACCUAAAUCUCCGCCAACAGCCAUGACGACAACAACGCCAUCUACAAAAUCUCCGGGGCCUACAUCGCCGGACGCCAAUUGUCUAACUAAUAAUUCUAACCUUAAUAAUAAUAAUAAUAAUAAUAGUAAUAGUAAUAAUAAUAUCGUGAGCAUUCCCGAUAAACCAAAGACUGAAUUAAAACCAUCAUCAUUACGCAGUGUCCGCGUAAAACCCGAGCGUUUAAAAUCACUAUCGCUUUCAUCAUCAUCAUCAUCAUCUUCAUCAUCAACGUCAUCAUCACCAUCACCGUCGCCAUCGUCAACACCCGUUAUAAAUAAUACUAUAAAUCUCAGUUUAAAUUUAAAUCUUAAUCAUAAUUAUCAAAAUCAUAAUCAACAAACUUCUAAUGAUUCAUCAUCAAGUCCAUCAUUAACACCAACAACAACUUCCCCUACAUUAAGUUUAUCAUCACAACAACAACAACAACAACAACAGCCAUCAAUUAUAGAAAAUUCAUCAUUAGAUUUACCGCCAAAUUUAAAUAAUUUAAAUUUACCGCCAAAUUUGAAUAAUUUAAAUUUACCGCCAAAUUUACCAACAACAACAACAACAACCGACAUUGAUAUCUCAACAACAACAAAUUCAACAACACAACUAGAUUGUGAUGUUAAAUAUGAUAAUAAUUCAAAUAAUGAUAAUUUACUACCACAAAAUAAAGAAAACAUUCCAAUUUUUGUUAUUAAACAACAACAACAAAAUCUAGAAAAAGAGCAACAACAAUAUUUACAGCAAGACCAGCAACAAAGUUUACAACAACAACAACAACAUAUACAACAGCAUAAACAACAACAACAACAAGAUGAACAACAGCAGCAACAACAACAUAAACAACAACAACAACAACAACAACAACAACAACAAAAUUUACAAAACGAGGAAUAUCAAGAUCAGCCAUCAAAUUUAUUACAAAAACAACAACAACAACAACAACAACAACAACAACAACAACAACAACAACAACAACAACAACAACGACAAAAUUUACGAAAAGAGCAACAGCAAGAACAGCAACAAAAACAACAAAAAUUAAAAUCACCGCCAUCACCAGAAGUUAUUGAUCUUGAAUUAGAAUCAGAUAAUCCACCAACACCACCAACAACAGCAACAACAACAACAACAACAACACGAGAUAAAAUAAUAAUACCAAGUUUUAAAAAACGUAAACUAGAAAUAUUGCGCGAAGGCGGUCUCGAAGUAACGGCCGUCGACCUCGCGGAUCGUCCAACAGUAAUUCAAACCCACCCGCCAUUACCCCCAGCCACUUCCGCCAUUUUGUCGCCGAAUCCAACUGCAAACCUCAACGUUAAAGACGAAAAGCCUCAAAAAUUGAUAUCUGUGACCGUCACUCCAGACAUUACGCACAUGCUGGCCUCUCCUGAAAAAUACAACAACAACAACAACAGCAACAACAUUAAUAACAGCACUGGAAAGAAAUUUAUCAAUUCUUUGCCGCCAAAAGUGAUCCAGUCCCACUCAAUAUUUUCUGGCAACGACAAAGUAGUAUACGGAAACCCUAAAGAUAUAUUAACUGCCUCUAAGUACGUGAUUAAUACACCAGAUGUCCUAGAUCUCACUAAAUCUGCGCAGACCUUUUCUCGCCCUAACCUCGAAAUCGUGCGGGUCCCUAUCGUUCCCCGCCCGCAAUUAUUCAAAAAUUCAAUUACUUCUAAUAGUAAUAACAGUAAUAAUUACAACAAUAAUCACAACCACAGUGACAAUUACAGUAAUGAAAAAUUACCCGGUGUUAAUAUUGAUAAAUUAUCGACGAAAGUCAAUUUACCGAUACUCGAUUCCCGCACCAUAGCCUCAAAUAAUUUAGAAAUAACUUUAGUCAACCCGAAAAAUUAUAAUAAUAACAAUAACAAUAACAAUAAAUUGUCAAAUUACACUAGUCCACCGAUAAGACAAAAUGGCGCCAGUGCUCUGGUGUCGAAAAUGAAAACUAACAAAUGUCAUACAAUCGAAAGUCCCUAUGCUCGAAAAGUGAACAAUCAUAUUGUAAAUGUACCAAAUUUGAAUAAUUUACACUAUGGUAGUGGGGGAAGUAGUGGGAGACCAAUGACGUCGACGUCAUUGAGGAUCGACAAAAUGGCGGCUGAUGGCAGCAAUAGACGAAUAAGCGAAAGUGAUUUACCAAAAUAUAGUAACUAUGGCAACAAAAUGUCGUAUUUGCAACAAAAAAGUGACAGGGAUCGUGACCGUGAUCGAUAUGACAGAGAUCGACAUGAUCGGAGGCAUAGUGUCCCUACUUUACCGGCUGGGUUUAUGUCAGGGUUAAAUACGACGCCAUUUUAUCCACCGCCACAGCCGCCAUCAUCUUCAGCGACUGGAGUCAUUCAUAAUAACAAAUUUAUACCGCCAGGGCCAAUGAUUGACCCGAUUUAUUAUUCGGCGAUUUAUAAUGGACUGUUUAGUACAGGACAGGUGGCGCCAACAGUCACUAGCUCGAUGCGACCGCCGCAAAUUGGUCAUGGAACGAUAACCUCACCGAUAAACAAUAACUCGGGGUCACAACAUGGAUAUUUACCGCCAAUUGAGUUUAAUGAUUACUAUAAAAAUUUUCUAACCUCACAACAACAACAACACCACCAGAGAUUACUUAUGAUGAGUCAGCAUCAAUCCGCGCCGACGUCAAAAUAAAUUUACGCGGGAAAAAUUUGAAUUUUUUAAAAAUUAGUAAUUUAUUUUUUGAGGGUUAUGUUUCUUAAAAUGGAAGAAAUUGUUGAAAUUUAAAUCGAGGUUAAUUUUUAUUAAUUAGAUCUGAUCAGAUAUGAAAAAUGAUAGUAUCUGAUGUUAUAUGAUUAUAUAUGAAUAUUUAUGAUCAUAUCUGUGCAUAUAUGUAACUGAUUGUGUCAUUUUUUUGGGAAUAAAUAUGUAGAUAUGAUCUGA